GCCUGGCCGGCUAGCCGCUCGCCCUGCUCAGUUGGCUCAGAGGAGCUCUGCGGAAGGUCAGAGGAAGGAGCUGUGGGAAGCACUCAGCAGGUAUCGCAGCCGAAGCCAGUGGGUUUGGGGGCCCGGGGCUCCCCAUCGGACUGCGUUGGGAGCCAGAUUCAGCUGAGAAUGGAGUGGGCAGGGAGGCACCAGGACCUUCAGGUCUCUGGGUUUGCAGAGAGCCGAAAUGACCAUGACUGCCAACAAGAAUGCCAGCAUCACACACGGAGCUGCAGGCACUAAGGCCCCUCAAGGGACUCUGGGCAGAAAAUCCUUAGAGUUUGAGGACGCGUCCAGUCUCCAAUCCCUGUACCCCUCUUCUCCCACUGAGAAUGGGACUGAGAGCCAACCCAAGUUUGGAUCCAAAAGCACUUUAGAAGAGAAUGCCUACGAGGAUAUUGUGGGAGAUCUGCCCAAGGAGAAUCCAUAUGAGGAUGUGGACAUAAAGAGCAGAAGGGCAGGUCGGAAGUCCCAGCAGCUGCCUGAGAACUCCAUAGACGCUCUGCACAGGAUGUGGAGUCCCCAGGACAGGAAGUACAACACCGCCACCACCCAGCUCUCCUCAAAGCCCAACAGCCAGUCCCUGCGUGGUGGGAACUGGUCAGAAAGGAAGAGUCAUCGGUUGCCACGAUUACCUAAGAGGCACAGCCAGGAUGACAUGCUGCUGCUGGCUCAGCUGAGCCUGCCGUCUUCCCCCUCCAGCCUCCAUGAGGACAGCUUCAGCACCACCAGCGAGCUGCUGUCCAGCCGCCGGGCCCGCCGCAUCCCCAAGCUUGUCCAAAGAAUUAACUCCAUCUACAGUGCCAAGCGGGGGAAGAGGAGGUUGAAAAAGCUUUCCAUGUCCAGCAUUGAGACGGCGUCGCUGAGAGAUGACAACAGUGAAAGUGAGAGCGACUCAGACGACAGGUUCAAAGCCCACACGCAGCGCCUAGUCCACAUCCAGUCGAUGCUGAAGCGUGCGCCCAGCUACAGGACGCUGGAGCUGGAGCUGCUGGAGUGGCAGGAGCGGGAGCUGUUUGAGUACUUUGUGGUGGUGUCCCUCAAGAAGAAGCCGUCCCGAAACACCUACCUCCCAGAAGUCUCCUACCAGUUUCCCAAGCUGGACCGACCCACCAAGCAGAUGCGGGAGGCAGAGGAGAGGCUCAAGGCCAUUCCCCAGUUUUGCUUUCCCGACGCCAAGGACUGGCUUCCCGUGUCAGAGUAUAGCAGCGAGACCUUUUCUUUCAUGCUGACGGGAGAGGACGGCAGCCGACGCUUUGGCUACUGCAGGCGCUUACUGCCAAGUGGGAAGGGACCUCGGUUGCCAGAGGUAUACUGCGUCAUCAGCCGCCUUGGCUGCUUCGGCCUGUUUUCCAAGGUCCUGGACGAGGUGGAGCGCCGGCGUGGGAUCUCUGCCGCCCUGGUCUAUCCCUUCAUGAGAAGCCUCAUGGAGUCACCCUUCCCUGCCCCCGGGAAGACCAUCAAAGUGAAGACCUUCCUGCCGGGGGCCGGCAACGAGGUGUUGGAGCUGCGGCGGCCCAUGGACUCCCGCCUCGAGCACGUGGACUUUGAGUGUCUCUUCACCUGCCUCAGCGUGCGCCAGCUCAUCCGCAUCUUCGCCUCGCUGCUGCUGGAGCGCCGGGUCAUUUUUGUAGCCGAUAAGCUCAGUACCCUGUCCAGCUGCUCCCACGCCGUGGUGGCCCUGCUCUACCCCUUCUCCUGGCAGCACACCUUCAUCCCCGUCCUUCCGGCUUCCAUGAUUGAUAUCGUCUGCUGUCCCACCCCCUUCCUGGUCGGCCUGCUCUCCAGCUCCCUACCCAAACUGAAGGAGCUGCCCGUGGAGGAGGCGCUGAUGGUGAAUCUGGGAUCGGACCGAUUCAUCCGACAGAUGGAUGAUGAAGACACACUGUUGCCUCGGAAGCUACAGGCGGCUCUGGAGCAGGCUCUGGAGAGGAAGAACGAACUGAUCUCCCAGGACUCUGACAGUGAUUCCGAUGAUGAAUGUAACACCCUCAGCGGGCUGGUGUCUGAGGUGUUCAUCCGCUUCUUUGUGGAGACCAUUGGGCACUACUCCCUCUUUCUGACACAGACAGAGAAGGGGGAGAGGGCCUUCCAGCGAGAGGCCUUCCGCAAGUCUGUGGCUUCCAAGAGCAUCCGCCGCUUCCUGGAGGUUUUUAUGGAAUCCCAGAUGUUUGCUGGCUUCAUCCAAGACAGGGAGCUCCGAAAGUGCCGGGCCAAGGGUCUGUUUGAGCAGCGAGUGGAGCAGUAUCUAGAGGAACUCCCAGACACGGAGCAGAGUGGCAUGAAUAAGUUUCUCCGAGGCUUGGGCAACAAAAUGAAAUUCCUCCACAAGAAGAAUUAACCCCUUUGCUGAGCAGCAGCAUCCAGUGCCUUGCAGAACCUGGAGCCUUGGCAGGGGUGGGGGGCAAGCCUAUGACCCUGUGGGCUCCCGUGGCUGCUCUGCCCCCACUGUCCCCACCCUCCAAGCCAGACCACCUCUGCCAUCACAAUGUCCCAGGAUACCGUUUGUAAAUAAUCUGCUGUAAGCUUUCCUAUUCGGUUUUUUAUUGUACCGAGCAAAGAGAAUCUGGUAAAUAUUUGUAUAUUCCCAAGGGGCCGGGGCUUUCCUGCCCUGCCCGAGCAUGGAGGUUUUGCUGGGUGCUGGUGACUAUCUCAGCCAAGCCACAGCUCUUUCCCAGAGGCCCCCUGCAGCCAGUCUCGGGCCCUCGAGAGCACAUGCUGCCUUGAUAUGUACAGGAGACCUUUUUUUUUUUUAAUCUUAAGAGUUUCUAUUUUUCCCCCUGGUUGUCCCCUCCCCGAACCCUCUGUUUUUGAAAGGCAAGGGCCAGCCGUUCCCCAUGUGCCGCACGGUUACCAGGCUCUUCGCCUGGUCCUCGCUCGCUCCUCCCACCUGUGAGAUGGUCAGUGAGUCCCGGACAUCUAGCCUCCAGCUCUGUCAGUGCGCCCUAGCAGGCUGCCACCAGGGCGCCACAAUGCGGUACAGGCAUCCUUCCCUCCCACUGUCUACGGGUGUCCCAAUAAACAGUGUACAGCGUGUGGGCCCAGA